CUUUCUUUCUCCUUUCUCUCAACAGCUCAAGGGGGUGGCUACGCUGGUGCCCCUCCCCCCCAGCCACAGUUUCCUCCCCCUGCCCCGCCCAUGCCCUCCGCUCUGGACUUCAAUCAGCCUCCACCAGGCUUUCCUCCUGGUUUGCCACUGGUCGACUUCAGCAAACCUCCCCCAGGAUUUCCUGUUGAAGAACAGAAGGAAAAUUUGGUCCCAACUGUGCCAUAUUAUGAGCUGCCAGCUGGGCUCAUGGCCCCUCUGGUCAAGAUUGAAGACCACAAGUAUCGGCCACUCGAUCCUAAUGACCUGAGACUCCCUCCACCUACGCCACCCAGUGAGAGGUUGCUGAGAGCAGUAGAGAACUUUUAUGCUCCACCUUCACAUGAAAAGCCACGAAAUAGUGAGGGUUGGGAGCAGCUAGGUUUGUACGACUAUUACAAGGAAAAGAGUCAGUCGGUGAAGCGGAAAGAGACUGAAAUUAAUGAUGGGGUCCGGGAACGCUCUCGCUCCCCCUCUCCUGUCGUCAUAGAGCCACCACCAGAGGAAGAUGAGAAGCCGUCAGAUCAGCCCGUCAGGAGAUACAGGUGGAGUUGAUGUUCUUUUCAUUGUCAGUUUGUUUAUGUGUGUGCUGUGGUAGUAUGUUUUGUAUGUAACGUGAAGUGGUUGCAAAUGAUGUUGGA